UCAAGCCAUCGGCACAGGUGGCUGCCCUCCCUGGAGCGGUAUCCAUUCUCCCAUCCUUCCUCGUCUUCGUCCUCGUCUCCUCUUGCUGCUGCUGCUUCCGCUGCCGCCUCGUCUUCCUCCCUCCCUCGGGCCCCAUGCUCCGCGCCUCCCUGGCCAGCGCCGCGUUCCCCUGCGGCGGCCGGCGGGCGCUGGGGGCCCGCAGCAGGGCCGCGCUCCCGCCCACCGAGGCGCCGCCGGACGUCGGUGUCCCCGCCCGCCGAUUCGGCAGCAGCGGCAGCGGCAGCGGCAGCGGCAAUGGAGGGCGCCGCGACUCUGGCGAGCAAGCCGUGCUCAGCGAAUGGGGCGCCUGGGGCAUGGGGGAGAACACAGCUGCUCAGGCCCAGGAGGCAGCUGGGGGCCCUGAGCACACGCGCGGCGCGCGGGGUUUCCCGCUGCACGCUGGGCCGGAGCCGACUGCGAGGGAGGUGGUUGAGGCCCUCAACAUCGCCGAUGUUGAGUCCUACCCUCGCUUCCAGAAGCCCUUCUCAGACCGGCUGAGGAUCGACGUCAAGGCCGGCAACGGAGGCAACCCGGCCCCUAUGGCGGUGCGGUCGCCUUCGAUAAAGGGCCCUGGAUAUGCUGGAAAUGGUGGCUCCGUAUUCUUGAAGGCGUCACGACAGAUCGAGAGUUUUAUCGAUAUCAAGCAGAGCAUUCGGGCGCAAGACGGCGAAGACGGUCACGGCACGCACCGCGGCAAGCAUUCUGACGACCUCUGCGUGCAGGUGCCUGUCGGCACAAUCGUGCGCGAGCGGGUGUAUUCUGGGUACCGCACUGUUGAAGGCCGCCGCAUAUUCUUGCCGCAGUUCCGCUACCAGCUGAUCAGACACGACGACACCUUCCUGGUGGCGCAGGGCGGCACAGGCGGGCUGGGGCCUCACAGCUUCAAGAAGGGCGACGGCCGCAGGGGGACGCCCGGAGAGCGGAAGCGGCUGGAGCUUGAGCUACGGCUCCUCAACGAUUGCGCCUUCGUGGGCUUGCCCAACGCGGGCAAGACGGCCCUGCUUGCCGCCCUCAGCCGCGCCCACACGCGCAUCGGCCCCGAGGAGUUCAGCACCACCAGGCCUCACGUAGGCACCAUCCUGUUCCGCGACCGGCUCGAGAUUCGCCUCUGCGACUUGCCCGGACUAAAACCUGGCGCCCACGCGGACAAGCUAAUGGGCCGGCGGAUAUUGCGGCACACGUACCGCUCUCGCGCAUUAGCCUUGAUCGUGGACGUUGCCCGGGGAGAGCGUCCAGAGACCGACGUGCUGGAGGAAGUGAAGAUGCUGCACGAGGAGGCCUGUCUAUUCGACCCGCUGAACCGGGAGAAGCCGUGGAUGGUUGUCGGAACCAAGUGUGAUGCCCUGCACAAGGAUCCGUUGUUCCAUCUCGACAGCCUGCACUUUCGGCUCCGGGCGCACUACGGAGUAGAGGUGCCGGUCGUGGGCUGCUCCGCGAGGUUCGGCCUCGGCCUCACCCGGGUGGUGCAGACCAUCAGGCGGCUGAUCUACCCCGACCAGCCUGACGUGGUCAACAGGGUGCCAGCGCAGCCCUACGUGGCCCGCCCCCCGGGCGUUCUGCACGGCCCGCUCCAGGAUGCGCCGGCGCUGCCGCCGCCGCCCCUGGACACCCUGAGGCUUGCCGCUCGCUGAGCUUCGGCGGCCGUCGGAGAAAAGGUGCCGCGGGUCGCGCGCAGAAGGCGUCGGCUGGGUGGUGCCAAGAAUGGCCGUUCGUCGGUAUGC